AUGAUUCUCGAUACUACAGAACAUUACAGAGAUACUCCAACAGCUACGCACAUGGCAACGGAUAUGUAUCCGAUAAGUGAAAUUAAUUUUCCGGCUGUGAGUGUUUGCAACAUGAAUCUCAUCAGCAAGAGAAAGGCGCUGAAGUUCGCAGAAACAUUAUUGCAGAAUUCUAAGAUCAAAUCAAUGAAGUUGACAAAAGCCAGACUGCUGGAGUUAAUUAAAUACAUUGGACAUCUAUACACAUUUUCAAUUGAGGAGGAAAGUGCGGGCGACAUUGAUUUGCUUCAAGAAAUUCUGAAAAACGUCUACGGUGAUCAUAAAAAAGGACUUUCCAUAUUGACCGAGGCAGUUGGUGUACAGUGUGAACAUUAUAUUGUCCGCUGUCAAUGGGCCGGCAUUGUGCAACUGUGCUCUGACAUUCUGGAGCCCAGGUUCACCUCGGAUGGCCAUUGUUGCACUUUUAAUUAUGCCAGAUGGAGAGACCAUUUUCCAGGUAUUCAGGAUGAUAAUUUUGUGGCACCCGUCCUGAGAUCAGAAAUAGCGGGCUCAGAUUUCGGACUCUGGUUGAUGCUCGAUGCAGACAGCGAAGACUAUUUCUAUCAAUUGCUACCCAUGGUCGGAUUCAAGGUGAUGAUUUACCACGCCACGGAUUUUCCUGAUCCUCCCAGUGGUAGCACGCGAGAGGUGCUGGUGAUGACUGGGAGGGAAACAUUACUAAAUAUCGGAGCUCGUGUUUUUGAUACAACAGAGGAUGUUAAAAACAUUGACGCAUCCCAUCGCAAUUGCCUCUUCAAAUCCGAAUUAACUGAGAAAUUUAGCGGGCACUAUUCAUUCAGCGAUUGUAUUAUAGACUGUCGUGUUCGUGACAUCAUAAAUAAAUGUGAGUGCAUUCCAUUUUUCUAUCCUCGUCCCAGUGGUCACGAUGACGUUUUAGAAUGCGAUCAUUCAAAUCUCAAAUGUCUGAACAAAUAUCAAAUUAGAUGGUGGGGAAUGGCUCCAAGGUUUGACAAAGGUGAGUCUUAUCCUGCCGGUGCAUUCUCGGAGAGUCCGGAGGGACAUAUCACAUGUCCAUGCUAUCCAGCUUGUCAAAACAUCGAUUACACGGUUUCCAUGAGCUAUGGAAAUAUGAAGAAUCCAGUUAUCGUCUGGGACACAGCCAAUAAUGCAAUCAACAGAACACCUAAUCAUGCGGUUUUAAACGUCUACUUUGGAAAUUCUGUGGCAAUGAAACUCGAGCAUGAUGUUCAAUACUAUUGGUAUGAGUUGAUGAGUGAUUACGGAGCACUCUGCAGUGUGUUUCUCGGUGUGAGCAUUAUGAGCUUAAUAGAAAUAAUCUAUAAACUCUUCCGGAGUGUCUUGGUCAAGCGUAAAAACAUGAGAGCCGUUUCAACAGCAAUUGCAUCAGUUGAUGAAAAAGUCAUUACGAUUUAUCCUGAAAUCUACUGGCAGGAGAUGAACGUCGGCAAUUCCAGCCCCAAAUGUACAAAUCUAAUUUCACACUUGAAACAGAACUUAUCACUUAGAUAAUACUUAGCAGUGAUACGUCAAACUAUAUAUAUCAUGGCCACAAUUGAUUCUAUAAUUUCAUGAUAGUAUUGUCAAACCGUGUACAUACAGUGUCGUGCUAUUUAUUAUGACAGUCGACCGUUUGUACACUUGUGCAAGUUCGAACGCAGAACAUUAUCUACUUAGUGUUUACUCACUGAUGGUAAAACCUAAGAACGCGGCAUGUUUGACAUUUGCUCCGGAAGUUAAAAAAAGAAUCGACCAAUGGUGUUUAUGAUUAGUUCAUUUCGUUGAUAUUCUCAACCAUCGGGGAGCGUUAUUAUAUCCUCUUUUCUAUGUCCUCUGUCAUAACAAAUGAACUUAAAAAACAAUAAAUAAAUACGUUAAUUCUAAAAUUUUUAAUUGAAAUAAAAAACGUAAGUCAUUAAUAGAAAAAUCCCGUCAACCUUUCAUGACUCCCCUAUUAGUUAUUCGAAUUCCCUGCCAAAACUGACAUCCAUGGGAUCAGUUAACGAUCAAAAACAAUCAUAAUAAUCCCAUAGUAUCCCGUGAAAAACUAGUGUGCUACCCAAUAUCUGUGGAAACCAAACAGAAGGUCAAACAUUCGACAGAGUCCCUUUAAUUUUUGAAAAUUCUAGCCUAGUCUUUCGGGGAAAUAACAUUUCAUGUUUUUGGUAAUCGUGGGCUAGUUCCACGGGUUGUUAAAUUGCCCACUGAUUUUUUUAUAAAAUUUUCUGUGUCACUAGAAAUGCUUGAACCCCACAUGCGCACCUCCCACAUCCGAUUGAGUGACGGUUUCCACAAUCAGCUAGACUUUACCAAAAAAAGGAAAACAUAUGGCACAGCUAUCUACACGUUAACAAAAAGAUAACUGCGAAGAAUAAAAACACUGUCCUAAUUAUUAAAUACCCAACAUUAAUCCGAGAAAAAAAAUAACAGAGAAUUAGUUUUCCCAUUAUCAAUAAUAGUAGAUUAGGUAUCAUAAUUUCCAAUUGAUGGUCUUAU